AUGUCUAGACGGCCACUGUACGAAGUGUUCCUGAGUUUCAGAGGGCCGAACACACGCAAGGACUUUGCGGAUAUCCUGUACACCAUGUUGACUGAUGUUGGGAUUGACGUCUUUAGGGACGAGGAAGAGUUGGAGAGAGGCAAAGAAAUCGUCCCCGAGCUGAUGGCGGCAAUCGUGCAGUCCAAGAUAUCAAUCCCUGUAAUCUCCGAGGACUUUGCGUCCAGCAAGAGCUGCCUCAGGGAAUCGGUGCAAAUGUUGAAGUGCGUGGACAACAACCAACACACCAUCAUCCCCAUCUUCUACUACGUCGACCCGUCGGAUGUACGCCACUGCAGCAGUUACUUCGCCAAGUCCUUUGAAGAGCACGAGAAGAGCUGCGACAACGACGGGCUCAUUGACUCCUGGAAGUCUGCUCUCCAGCGGAUUGGAAGGCUGAAGGGACACCAUAUACACCAAGCCAGUGAAGUGCCUUUUGGGAAGCUCCUAAAGCAAAUUGUCCGCCAAGUUCAGCAGAAGCUGAACAAGGAGGACCUAGUUGUGCCGAAAGAGUUCGUUGGAGUCGAACCUCAUGUGCAAGCCAUAAUGACGAAGCUGAAUGUCGACUACCGCAAUGGGAAAGCUGUUAAAAUUGGGGACACACGUAGCAAGCUGUUACUAAUAUAUGGAAUCACUGGGGUGGGUAAGACGGUCCUGGCGAAAUAUGUUUAUAAUCAACUUUAUCAUCUGUUUGAUGGCUGUAGCUUUCUUGGGGAGAUCCAAGCCGAAAUAGAACGUCGUGGCAUAUUGUCUGUGCAAAACCAACUAAUUUCCGACCUCCAUCAUGGAAAUGCCCGAGAGUAUAAUUCUGCUGACAAAGCUCUGAUUCAUAUUCAGAACAGGUUUCGCCCCAUGAAGGUCCUCCUCCUCCUUGAUGAUGUGUGUGAUUAUACACAGCUCAGCGCAUUAGUCGGAGAUCUCAAUAGGCUUGGCCGGGGGAGCAGGGUCAUUGUGACAUCCCAGAAUCCAAAAGUCCUUGAAGAGUACAAUGACGCGGAGGGAUUUUCCCUAGAACCUAUGAGACAAGAUGAAGCGCUGAAAUUAUUAUGUAGGCAUGCUUUUCGAAAGGAUUCUCCCCCUGAGAAAUUCAAGAAUCUGUCAACAGGUAUAGUUGCUGUUACUCACGGGCUUCCUUUGGCGCUCAAUGUGGUUGGUUCGUAUCUGCUUCUCACAAAAUCAAAGAAGGCGUGGAACGAAAUAUUGACCGAAUUGAAAGAAGCUCUUCAUAGCGGAGUCCAAGCAGCCCUCUUGAAGACCUAUAUCAACCUUGAUGUGAAUGCACAGCAGAUAUUCCUUGAUAUAGCAUGCUUUUUCAUCGGAGAGGACAAGAAAAUCCCCUCUUACAUGUGGGAUGACUUUAAGCGUUCUCCUUCUAAUUCGAUUCUAGCUCUUCGCACCUGGUCUCUGGUAGAAGUUGGACAGGGUAAAAAACUAUGCAUGCAUAAAGUACUGAAGGACUUUGGCCGUGGAAUUGUCAAGGGAGAAGACCCUGAACCUUGCAAUCGCAGUAGGCUAUGCAACCACGAAGAAGCACUGCAUGUACUAACAACAGAGACGGGUACUGCGAAUGUUGAAGGCCUCAGGCUCGAGUUUGGUGAUGGAUCCGAAGGAGGUAUCAGUUUUAAUCACAAUCAACUUAGUAAUUUGGAGAACUUGAGGUUCCUCAAGCUGGAUCGAGCCAAUAUUCAGGGAAACUUUGGGGAUCGUCUUUCGAGUUUAAGGUGGCUUGAUUGGGAAGGAUGCGCUAAGAAUUUUGACGAUCAAUCGCUAAUUCUGAAUUUGCAAAACCUGGUGAUUCUUGAUUUGUCGUGGAGUCAGGUUGACAGAGGCUGGGGAGGUUGGAAGCUGCUUGCGGAGGCAAAGAAACUUAAAGUCUUGAAACUAACUGGUUGUGCCCAACUGAUUGCCACUCCGAAAUUUCCUCUUUCAAUGGAGCUGGAAAGACUUAUUCUUGAAAGUUGCUCUAGACUAGUAUUAGUCCAUCUAUCAUCUGGUAAUCUGGAGAAGUUGGUUUCUUUGAAUAUGAAGCAGUGCAGUCUCCUCCACCAAUUGCCAGAUUUGAGCCCCAUGAGAGGCUUGGAAGAGCUAGUGAUCGACGGAACUGCAAUUGCUGAGAUCAAUUUCCGAGAAGGCUCCAUGCGGAAGCUCAAAAUUCUCAGUGCUCGUGAUUGUAACCGCCUUCAUCAAAUAUCCAGCUCGUUCAGGUACUUAGAGUCUCUAAAAUACCUCGCUCUUGACGGCUCUGCAAUCCGGACCCUCCAUAAGUCCAUCAGAUUGCUGAAGCGACCGAAGACACUGUCUCUGAAGAACUGCCGGAGGCUAUCCGAUCUUCCAGAUGGAAUUGGGAAGCUCAGGUCACUGCAAUUCCUGGAUGUAUCCGACACCGACAUUAAGACGUUACCAAAGUCGAUCGAGCAUUUGACAGCCAUGAAAGUGCUUAGGAUGAGGCGUACUUUCAUACAGAAGUUCCCUGAAGCUAUAUUGAACCUGGAGAAGCUGGAAGAGAUAGAUUUCUCAUUAUGCCCAAGUUUAAAGGGGGAAAUCCCCUUUAACAUUUGGAGAUUGUCGUCUUUGGCAAUCCUGAAACUGUCCGCCACUCAGAUUUCUAGCUUGCCCGCAACUAUUUCCUGCCUUUCUCGUCUCCGGGAACUCCACAUCGGCAGAUGCUACAACAUUCGGAGUUUACCCAACAAGUUGCCCUUUAGUUUGAUUAUUAGAGAUGAUAAUUAG